CAUAAUCUAUUGGCAUGGGUUUAAGACAGGAAAGUUAUUGAUCUCAAAUCACAAAAAAGAGGCUUUUUGGAGGGUCCACAUUGUGGAUCAAAUCAAGAGAAAUUGCCUCAUUUUAGGAUGCAAUGACGUGGGAGGAACACUUAGCCUAGCUAUUGCUUUGCCCGUCCUCAUUAUAUAUAGGUGCAUUACGUUGUAAGGCUCUUGCAUGAGAUCGAAAUACUUGUGGCUUUUGUUUUCAAAACAGCGCGUAUUUCUGUCUCUGUGUGUGUGUGUGUGUGUGUGUUUAUCAUGGACGGGAAGAAGUUUGAGUACAAAGGUGAGGAGGCGUUGAAGGAGUUAGAUAGGCUUACAUUGAAGGCUGAUGAAGUUCAAGAGAAACUAUUAAAAGAGAUUAUUACCAGGAAUGGUGAAACUGAGUAUCUGAACAAGUAUCUCAGAGGCUCGAAAGAUGUCUCUACCUUCAGGAAUCUUGUUCCUGUCAUUGGUUAUAGUGGCAUUAAGCCUUACAUUCAGAGAAUUGCCAAUGGCGAGGACUCUUCCCUGAUUUCUGGCCAUACUAUUGUGGAGAUGCUAUGCAGCUCAGGGACAUCAAAUGGAGAACCCAAGUUGAUGCCUUCAAUUGCUGAGGAUCUUGAUAGGAGAACUUUCUUGUAUAACCUUACCAUGCCGGUUGUCAACCAGUACAUUCCUGGUUUGGAUAAAGGAAAAGCCAUGUACCUCAACUUUGUCAAGGCAGAAAUGUCUACUUCUUGUGGGCUACCAGCAAGAUCUGUACUUACUAGCUAUUACAAGAGCAAGCAUUUUAGAGGCCGAGCGAGAAACAUUCCCUUUCAUGACUACACUAGCCCUGACCAGGCCAUCUUGUGUGAAGACAGCACCCAAAGCAUGUACUGUCAGUUACUUGCUGGUCUUGUAUUCCGUCACCAAAUUCUUCGUCUUGGAGCUGUUUUUGCCUCAGCCUUAUUGCGUACAGUAAGUUUUCUGGAGAAAAACUGGGUGAAACUCUGCAAUGAUAUAAGAAAAGGAAAGUUAGAUGCCUCAAUUACAGACCCUGAAUGUCAAUUGGCUAUGUCAAGCAUAGUUUCACAGCCUAAUCCUGGUUUAGCUACUGAGAUUGAGGAGAUUUGUGGUGGUUCAUCAUGGAAAGGGAUACUCUGUAGGCUCUGGCCUAAGGCUAAGUACAUUGAAGCAGUGGUUACAGGUUCAAUGGCACAGUAUGUUCCAUCACUCGAGUAUUACAGUGAUAAAAAAUUACCAUUAUGCAGCCUAAUGUAUGCUUCAACAGAAUCCUUUUUUGGUAUUAACUUGAAUCCCUUGGAUGAUCCAUCUGAAGUCUCCUUUACCCUUCUGCCUAACAUGUGCUACUACGAGUUUAUUCCACUUGGCGAAAGUUCUUGGUCACUUGAUGAAGAAAUGGAGGUACCCUCGAGUAAGCUCGUGGAUCUUCUGCAAGUCAAACUUGGAUGUUAUUAUGAAAUUGUUAUCACCACCUUUGCUGGUCUCUGUAGAUACCGCAUUGGUGAUGUGCUGAAAUGUACAGGCUUCUACAAUAAGGCACCACAGUUCAAAUUCAUAUGCCGUAGAAACGUUGCUUUGAGCCUAGACAAUGACAAGACAAGUGAGGAAGACUUGCACAAGAGUAUAACAGCAGCAAAAAAGCUGUUAGACCCUCACAACGCGAUCCUGUUAGAGUACACAAGCUUUGCAGACACCUCUUCAGUGCCAGGACACUAUGUCCUAUACUGGGAAGUAGUACAUGUCAAGUCUAAAAUCCUACAUGCUUCACUUGCUCAAGUCCUUGAGGAAUGCUGCAUAGCUGUUGAAGAAGAGCUCGAUUACACUUACAGAAGGUGCAGGUCUCAUGACAAGGCUAUAGGACCAUUGGAAAUCAGGCUUGUUAAGACUGGCACAUUUGAGAGUUUGAUGGAUUUCUGCAUAAGUCAAGGAGGGUCUAUUAACCAGUAUAAAACACCAAGGUGUAUCAACUCUAAAGCCCUUCUGAAGAUGCUCGAAAUCAAUGUCAAAGGACGCUUCUUUAGCCCGAGGGAUCCGAUAUGGAUUCCUUAAAACAUAAGUGGAUUAUAUAUCAUCAAAAAUCUAGUGAAAAAUAAGAUAUCUCUGCUUAAUUCAAGGUUGAUUAGUGAAGUAUUAUUCCAAAUUUCCAAUAUAUGUGCCUCUGUGUUGCAAACAGUUAGUUGCUGCACUUUUUUAGUUUUUGUGGGAGAAUCUGAGUCUACUUUGUAAAAUGACUGCUUAGUGAACUAUUAUUCCAAUAUAUAUAUGUCCUGUCUUUUCUUUGGUCA